AUGAGUACGCUAUUUGCACGCGUAUUCCGACAGGCUUGGGCCACGUUCGAGCACACGAGUGCGUCCGAUGCCAAGUUUGCCACCAACCUGCACGCACUGCACCGUCUAGUCAGUCAGCUUACACUAGCGGACAUCGGUCUGGAACCGUCGCUCGUUGCCACGGAAACGUUCCAGCAACCAUCCAAAGCACCCUGCACCUAUGUCGGUGUGUUCGAGAACAAUCGGUUCGCGAUGUCGGUGUUUGUGCUGCGGGAAAACUACACCAUGCCGUUGCACGACCACCCACAGAUGCACGGGCUGCUAAGGGUCGUGUCCGGUGCGGUGCAAAUCUGCAGCUACAGUGAGCUCGCCCGACGGGACACGGUUGAACCGAAGGAUGGGACACUGCGGCGACACGUGCUGGUCGUUGCAGAGCCGGAAAAGAUUAUCAGCUCGGCGGCCGGAGACUGUGCCGUGUUAACGCCGACCGAGCGUAACUUUCACGAAAUAACGGCGAUUGGUGGACCGGCGGCAUUCUUCGACAUACUGAGCCCGCCGUACAAUCUUUCUAGUCAGCCGCAGUAUUUCUUCUACCGGAAGGUGCCCGUACCGCGCCAUUUGGCCGAAAUGGAACCGCUCGGAUUCGGUGGCCCAAACACACCGUCCGCCCAGGAAGAUGAGCGACCCCGGUACGUGCUGGAGACGAUCCCCAACCCGGAACACUACUACUGUGAUACGGUGCAUUACAUCACACCGGAGUUUAUGUACCAUCCGGAGGGUAGCACCACGUCGGAUGUAAACGUUUAG